AUGGGUGAAGGGCCUUCCGGGCAGGGCAGCGGCGCGGGGGCGGCCUGGGGCGGGACAAGCCGCGGCGGUAGAGCCUGGAAGAAAGGCAGGGGCGUGGGGGCAGGGGGCCUGGCCACGGGCACGGUCAGGGCCGUGCAGUGCGAGAACCUGGGGUUUCUGUGCGUUCGGGUCCCUGCACAGCCAGCCUCUGAAGGGCCGCGAAUCAGGGGGGUUCUGCGUGAGAGGGAGUGGCCGCCGCGGCGCCAGGCGGCGCCCCCGACCCCUGCCCGGAGCGGGGGCGGGAGUGGGACCGCCUCCGGCCCGGGAUGCGGCAACUCGGCAACUCGGCAACUCGCGCACCUCGCGCACCUCUCCGCAAUACUCUGCACGGACGCGCUUGGGGGUCCCACUGACUUCAGGAAGGACGCGUGCCGCUCUCUUACCGCCAACUCGGCGGCAACUGCUGUUUGCCGCGGUGACCCUUCGCCCGUGACCCUGCGGAGCCUGGAGCGCCCCGGGAAUGGCGUGGAAAGGACGCGGAGCCGGUGGGGCAGCGCGGUGUCCGCGGAGGAGCUGUCCCCGCGGCAGCUGUCCCCGGAGGCGGCGCGUCUGGCGAAGGCCUGGCAGGAGCUCGGCGAGACAGGUUGGUACUGGGGAAGUAUGACUGUUUCUGAAGCCAAGGAGAAAUUACAAGAGGCACCAGAAGGAACUUUCUUGAUUAGAGAUAGUUCGCAUUCAGACUUCCUACUGACAAUAUCUGUGAAAACAUCAGCUGGACCAACUAAUCUGCGAAUCGAAUAUCAAGAUGGGAAAUUCAGACUGGACUCUAUCGUGUGUGUGAAGUCCCAGCUUAAACAGUUUGACAGUGCGGUGCAUCUGAUCGAGUACUAUGUUCAGAUGUGUAAGGACAAGCGGGUGGACCCAGAAGCCCACCGGAGUGGCGCCGUUCACCUUUACCUGACCAAACCGCUGUACACUUCAGCACCACCUCUGCAGCAUCUCUGCAGACUCUCCAUUAACAAGUGCACCAGCGCCGUCUGGGAACUGCCUUUACCGACAAGACUGAAAGAUUACUUGGAAGAAUAUAAAUUCCAGAUAUAA